UCUCGUCGUCUCACUACUUUCUUUUAAGCACUUUGUUUUGUGUUUUGUACGAUGGACUACGCCUCCUUCUUCCUCGUCCCCGGCCGCCGCAAAACUAUGCCGCACAAGCGGUGGCGCAUGGCCCUCACCAUCAUCUACACUUGCCGCGCCUUCGCGAAAAAGCAUCUCUCCGCCGUCCUCCUCCGCUCCCCUUCUUAUGUUGCCAUCGACGUCCGUGACGCCGCAGGUGCUGCCCCCGAUCCUCUUAUCUCCUUCGCAGCGGCCCGCAAGUCCUCCUUUGCAUGCCUCGUCAAGGAGAAGCAAUACGACAGCCUGCAACGCCUCGGAGGCGCAGCCGCUAUCGCCGCCGCCUUAUUGUCAGAUGCCGAACACGGCAUUGCAGGUGAUCCCAGCGACCUGCGUCGUCGCCGUGAGGCCUUCGGAUCGAACACGUACCCGAAGCCGAAGCCGAAGAGCUUCUUCGUCCACGUGGUCGACGCCCUCGGCGACGUCUUCCUCCUCGUCCUCGUCGCCUGCGCCGCUGUCUCCCUUGGCUUCGGCAUUAAAGAGCACGGCAUCAAGUCCGGCUGGUACGACGGAGCCAGCAUCUUCCUUGCAGUCUUCCUGGUCGUCGCGGUCUCCGCCUUCAGCAACCACCGCCAAUCGCAGCGCUUCGACAGGCUGGCGGGCGAGUGCGACAAUAUCGACGUGACUGUCGUGAGAGACAGCCGGCGCUCGGAGGUGUCGAUCUUUGACAUCAUGGUCGGUGAUGUCGUCAUCUUAAAAAUCGGCGAUCAGGUGCCGGCCGACGGUGUCUUCCUUGCAGGCCACUCGUUGCAGUUGGACGAGUCGAGCAUGACCGGCGAGUCGGACCCGGUCUACGUCGGCGCCGACGAGAACCCCUUGCUCUCGUCUGGUGCUAAGGUGGUCGACGGCUACGCCAGCAUGCUCGUCACCGCCGUCGGCACCGACACUGCAUGGGGCGAAAUGAUGGGCACCAUUACUCGGGAGACCACCGAGCCGACCCCGCUCCAAGAGCGCCUCUCCGGGCUGACGUCAAGCAUCGGAAAGGCGGGAAUUGCGGUGGCCGUGCUGGUCUUCGCGGUGCUCUUGACCCGGUACUUCACGGGAAACACCGAGGACGAGAACGGCCAGCCGGAAUUUGAUAAGCGGCAUGUGUCGGCCAACAGCGUGGUGAGCGCGUUGGUGGGGAUAUUCCAGCAGGCGGUGACGAUCAUCGUGGUGGCGAUCCCCGAGGGGCUGCCGCUGGCGGUGACUCUGACGCUGGCGUUCUCAAUGAAGAGGAUGAUGCAGGACAAUGCGCUGGUGCGGACGCUCUCCGCAUGCGAGACGAUGGGAUCAGUGACGGCAGUAUGUACCGACAAGACCGGCACGCUGACGCUGAACCAGAUGAAGGUGACACAGUUUUGGAUCGGCGGAGGAGAACAAAUAGAAAUUGGCGGCAGCGGCAAAGGAACCACUGCUGCUGACACUGCCACUGCCAUUGCCGGAACAGUACUCGGCCUUUUCCACCAGGGAGUCGGGCUGAAUACUACCGGAAGUGUGUACAAAGCCGGCCCACUUUCGGAGCUGGAGAUCUCCGGCAGCCCAACGGAGAAAGCCCUGCUUUGCUGGGCCGCAGCCGAGCUCAAAAUGGACGCCGAGGAAUUGAAGAAGAGCUAUAAGGUGAUCCAUGUCGAGGCCUUCAAUUCGGAAAAGAAGCGGAGCGGAGUUCUAAUAAAGGAGAACUACGGUAGGGGUACCGUGAUCGCGCACUGGAAAGGUGCAGCGGAGAUGAUCAUGGCUCGCUGCGUCAAAUAUUUUGAUUCUAAUGGGAUGAUUCAGGAGCUGGGGAUUGAUCAGAGGGUGAAAUCUGAGCAGGUCAUCAAAGGAAUGGCGGCGUCUAGCCUUAGAUGCAUUGCUUUUGCUUGUAAGCAGAUUGAGGCAAAAGAUUCAGGUAUUCAAGCUGAAGCUCCUAAACUUGAGGAUGAUGGGCUAGUUUUGUUGGGUUUAGUUGGUCUAAAAGAUCCAUGCCGCCCCGAAGUGAAAUCCGCGAUCAGAUCCUGUCGAGAUGCCGGAGUCGCUGUGAAGAUGAUUACAGGAGACAACAUCUUCACAGCCCGAGCCAUCGCGAAGGAGUGCGGAAUAAUUCAAGACGAUGAUUACGACGGAUUGGUGAUCGAAGGCCAAGAAUUCCGAAACUAUUCGGCGGAAGAAAGAAUGGAAAGAGUCGAUAGAAUUCGGGUGAUGGCGCGGUCGUCUCCGUUUGACAAGCUUCUAGUAGUGCAGUGUCUGAAGCAGAAGGGCCAUGUUGUUGCUGUCACUGGAGACGGCACUAACGAUGCGCCAGCACUCAAAGAGGCCGACGUUGGGCUCUCGAUGGGCAUACAAGGCACGGAGGUCGCAAAGGAGAGCUCCGACAUCAUCAUUCUCGACGACAAUUUUGACACGGUCGUCACCGUAAUGCGGUGGGGAAGGUGCGUCUACAAUAACAUCCAAAAGUUCAUUCAAUUUCAGCUGACGGUGAACAUCGCGGCGCUGGUGAUAAAUUUUGUGGCGGCCGUAAGCUCCGGUAAAGUCCCCUUGACGACAGUGCAGCUCCUGUGGGUGAACUUGAUCAUGGAUACAAUGGGAGCUCUCGCAUUAGCGACCGAUAGACCGACUAAGGAGUUGAUGAAGAAGCCGCCUGUGGGGCGGACGGAGCCGCUCAUUAGUAAUGUCAUGUGGAGAAAUCUCCUCGCCCAAGCAGUUUUCCAGGUCGCGGUUCUGCUGAUCUUUCAGUUCGCAGGGCAGGCGAUAUUCGGGGUCAGCGAGAAGAUCAACAACACUUUGAUAUUUAACACUUUUGUUCUAUGUCAAGUGUUCAACGAGUUCAAUUCACGGAAGCUGGAGAAGAAGAAUGUGUUUGAGGGGAUUCUCACAAAUAAGCUCUUCUUAGGAAUAAUUGGAGUGACCAUAGUGUUGCAGGUUAUAAUGGUGGAGUUGUUAACGCGAUUUGCCGAUACACAGAGAUUAAACUGGGGACAGUGGGGAAUUUGUGUUGGUAUCGCAGCAAUCUCAUGGCCGAUAGGUUGGAUUGUUAAGUGCGUGCCGGUCUCUAGCACACCGGUUCAUCAGCUCCUCACUCGCUGCAAAGCUUUCUAGGGCGUCGUCGGUAACUAACUGCUCUAACUGCUCGGCAAUUCUAUUUUUAAAGUUUCGUGUAAUUCAUUGUUUUCAGUGUUUAGAUUCUUUCUAUUCAUUCGUUUGUUAUUAUUUUGCUGGCGAAGAUUGUCUUAGCUUCUUAUGUAUAUUUGGCAAUCAUGAUUGAACAAAAAAAAAAUCUAGGAAUUCAUUUCAUCGUCUCGUGAUUUAUUCGGCA